GCCACAUAGCUGAAAUUAAUGCAUCUUGCUUUGAGAGUUAGAGCAAAGACGAUCACUUUAAAGGCUCGCGGAACAUAACAAAUAAAUAACAUCACGCAUUAGUGGAAAGAAAAGAGACCUCUGCGUUUGAGGACGGAGCACCCUUUAUCUCUGACAAAAGUUCAUUCCGGUAAGUAACUGAGUAUAUCUAUUGUUUCCUUCCGGCAAUGUUUGGCUUCUGAGAAAGACUCCAUCGCCAUCGAUCUUUGCGCAUAUUAUGAUCAGAAAUGGUAAACCAUAGUAACUUAAGUAAGCUACAAAAUUAGACCAAGAAAACUUGGAAGCAAUAGCGGGUUGAAUUAAACACAAAUACUGCGAUAGUGCUUCAGUUCGAGGAGGGAUUGUUUUCUGCUGAGAUUCCCUCCGAAAUAAUCUUUGUGAAUUCAACAUUCCUUGCAGGUGGCUACAGUCACGCAGCGCUGUCCGUCAGAAAGGGUGAACACAAAUUUUCAUUACAUGUGUGGGACCUGUUUAGUGUGUUCAGAGCGACAGAAAAAGGACAGUCAUUUACCCAUGAUCAAGAUAAUGAGCAGCUUAUGUAUUGCCUGGCCAGACUAAUAAGAGUACAAUUCGAAUCGUGUUUUAAAUAUCAGACGUCAAAGGUAACUUACACGUUUUUGUAAAAUAUCAUUAACAGUUGUAGACAACGAGUAAUUUAAUUUACUUACUUAAUUUACAUACCGACAAAGCCACCACUGACUUGAUCACGCACCGUGUCAAUUCAAGCCAAAAUUUGCUCUAAGCAAGCGCCGAUAUUUCGAAAUUCCACGUGCGUUCUGAUUUAUAGGGAGACAGUUGUGUGUGCUUAUAUUGGUACGAUGCAAGAUUGCUUUAAAUCUACUGUGCCAAUUUUUAAUUCCGGGAAGUUCUUGCCUCGGUGUCGUGACGAAUAUGACACAAACUAAAACGUUCUCUCAAUUUACUCUCAGACACACGAAAUAAAACGGUAAUUUCUUCCCUUCUUCCGGAGGUAAUUUUCGAAAUUUCGAAAUUUCACGUACGUUCUGAUUCGUAGAGACAGUUGUGUGUACUUAUCUUGGUACGAAGAAAGAUUAUUUUAAAUCUAUUGUGGUAAUUUAUAAUUCAGGGAAGUUUUUGCCUCGGUGUCGUGACGAAUAUGACCCAAACUAAAACGUUGUCUCGAUUUACGCUCAGAGACACUUUGUUUCUUCCUAUACGACAAAUCUACUGUGGCAAUUUAUAAUUCAGGGAAGUUCUUGCCUCGGUGUCGUGACGAAUUUGAGCCAAACUAAAACGUUGUCUUGAUUUAAACUUAAACACGAGAUAAAACGCCUAUUUCAUUUGAUGGAGGAAAAAGAAGAGUUUUCCUUUUUCCCUCCAUCAAAUGGCUCAUGCAUUGGCCAACUUACAUUUCCAAAAACAAAAACUAAAGAAGAAUCAAGUAAAAAAAAAUAAACAAACAAUAAAACAAGGAUCCAACAUGUCAGAUGAAAUUCCUUUGCGAACCCAGCAGUCAUGUACUGAAGACGAAUAUUACAAAAUACAUGUGUUUAGUUCUGGUAUCUCGAUUUUAGAGGGUAAAAUCACGGCCAGAUCCACAAAUGGCGGUACCAGGGUCACUUUUAAAACAACUGGUUUUUCCCAUUUAUCACAAAAAUACAAUUGGCAAGGAUCCAACAAGAUUCUGGGCAGUUAGAUAUAAAAAUACAGGUUUAGAGGACUGUGGGUUUAAACAAUUUUUGUUUAUCACAUGCAUGUAAGUUCUAAUUUAUGAUCAGGACUGUGGGUUUACACCCGGACAUGCAUGUAAGUAUAAUUUAUGAUGGAAAGAGGUUGGGGAGUGGAGGGGAGCAGAAAGGAAGGGAGUUGGGAGAUGCAUGGGAAAUGAAAUUUUCUUUAUUUUUUCUUCUUUUUGGUUCAUCUCUGGGGCAAGCCUUUAAACAUCUGAGAUGAAAAUUGGAGACGGUGUUUCCACUUUCUUAAACUGUUACAUCUCAAUAAAGCAUUUAUUUAAUCACUGCAUUCAUCAACUAAGCAAUAAUUAGAAUUUUUUUUUCUAAUUAGAAGCAGCUUGAUCAAGGUAUGGUCAACGUACGGUCUGUAUACACAGAUAGUUUUCGUUGGAGGAAAAGUGAGGGUACCAGGCUUCUUGCACAAUUAAUCAUGGGAGAUUUCCAAGCUGAAAAGAAGGUAAAAGCUUUGUACGUACAAUUUUGUUUUAGAUUCAUUGUUUUUUUUUUUUUGUUUUUUUUUGUGAAUGUCCUUAGUGAUCUCCGAUAACUCGUGAUCAUCAGAGUGGGUAACUAAGAGCUGGUAAAUUUGAAAAGCCUAAAAGAUUGUGAUAAUACAGUAUUUCCUCGGUCAAGCGCCCGGGCACUUUUUUAAAAUUUCAGCUAAUAUAAGAGAGGUACCCCUUGGAAGGAGGUUGCUUAUUAGGAACCAUCAACCUGCACUGAUUCCGCUGUUUUUACUGAUUCUGGUUUUCUCCCUAUCUCCACUAAUAGAGAAAGUGAGGAAGGAGGGGGAGGGGCGCCUGGUUGAUAUCAUGGCCCAGGGGGUGAGCUCUUUUUGGAGAGAGGGCGCUGAUUAGAGCGGGGUCGCUUUUUCGCGCAAAUACGGUAAUUGCAUUGCAGACCAACCCUUUGAUGUGUUCUUUCUAGGUCGACAGACUUAAAAUCGAAGAAAUGAAACUUGGGGAGAAUUUUGUUUUUACCUUGCCCAAGAGUAAUGCGUCUUUCAUGACGGUGGAGGCAACACUAAUGAACGAGAGCCGAGAUAUCAUUUUUCAAGCGAGAGAGUUGGACCUGGAGCUUUCAACUGUAAGUUUAUUCUUAAUUAGUACAUAAUUUUCACCUUUGAACAAAAUGUUAUUUAAAUUUCCGCAAAUGGUUGCCUUGAAAAAAUAAUGAAAAGGCACAUCAACUUUGGAAUCCUAGUUACGUGGACUGCACAAUAGUUAUUAGAUGCUGUACAAGAUUCAUGAUACUCUUUAAAUUUGAUCUGUUUUAGUUUCAAGGCGAGACACGCCCUGCCGUUGAAAACGAGCAUGAAGGAAAUCAACCAGUUGAAAUGGAGGCAUGAUAAAGGAUUAAACAACUGUUUCUUAGCUCUUAUUUUUAAUUUUGGAGGAAACUCAUUGUUUAAUUUGUUUGGCUAGACGCUAAUGAGUACAGGUGACCACAUGACUUCGAGAGUCAGUUCAAAUUGAUAAGUAGGACCAAUUUUCUCAAAGACCAAAACAAUUGCCUACGGACCUCGUUAGUUGUAUAUCAUCUCAUAUCCAACAAGCCCGAGUAGAAAAAUUGUGUAAUUAAAAACGCCCCAAACUUUAUUUUGUAAGAACAAACAGAAUUUUAAAAUGUACAAAAACACUUCCGAUUUAACCCGUCCUAUUGCUUGCGCAUGCUAUACUGGCUCAUAACUCAUGACGGCUAAACCAAUGAAAACUCUCUAAUUGCAUUAUCCAAUGAUCAGGAUAUUCCAUACCGACCUUUUAUUACUCUCAACAAUUGUAAAUUGAUCAAUGUUUCUCUUUUCUCCUUUAUUAUAUAUAAGAAUUAAUAUCAGAAUACAAGCUCCAGAAAGAAAAAAUACUCCAUGUUUCGCCUAAUUCGUCAAGUAAGUGUCAUCCUUGUUUUUUUUAGAAAAAAAAUACAUUUAAAUAUUUCUUGAAUCCUGAAAGGAAGCAGGUAUGCUUACACGAGUGAUCAGUAAAAGAAGUACCGAAAAAAGAAAGUCUAGUGUUCAUACGAGACAACGAAGAGGGACAAGAGUACAGUAAAAAUUCCAGGUAACUCGCGAGGUUAUUGUCAAGAACAUAAGAACUAGCCCUAGCGAAGUUACUUUUGAGCAGUACCGCACAAAGAGCGUUCAGCUUAUGUGAACAAAAUACUCUAUUCCAAAUUCUUUUGGACAUAGCCCUUUGUAAGAAGAAAGUCAACUCCGCUAACUUCAUUCUUCGUGCGGUAAGGAUUUUAAAGAUGAAACAGUUUAAGCGGAAAAAAAAGUGGAUUUCCAAGUUCUAAAAAAUAUCUCGAUGAAGAUACCAAUACUUUUGAGGCAAAAAGAAAAGUUGGCAGUAAAAUUGUUUGGCAUUUUUGAGGAUGAAUUUAAUUGAAUGUGGCAAGAUUUAAAUUAUUCCACUCGAUGUACAGUUGAAAGUUUAAAGAGGAUCAUAAUGAUAAGAACUGCAAAUGUACAGUAAAUGUACAUUAAAUGUACAGUAAAUGUACAGUAAACAUCAGUACGACCUUUAGGUCAUAUUUAUAGCUAUUUAAGUCGGGGCAGUUGUUUAAGACAAGCCUUGGUCUUAAUGUAAUUGUAGCACCCCAUGUAUGUCAAUUAAGAUGCCGAAGCAUAAAAUUCUUUAAAGAAAAGACUGGUAAAGGUAAUGUGGUCUUCGGCAAAUGAAAUGUUUAUGGUGAAUUCUUGUUACAACAAACAAUUACCAAGGUACAUGGUAGGCAAGGUGCCUCUACUCCAAUAUGAGUAGGAAAUUGGAAAUUAUAUUUCUUUCCCAUUAUAAGUGAAAGGAAUUUCUUCAUGGGUGGUCAAUUUAAUAAAUUCAAAUUGCAGGAUUUCACCACCUUAAACACUUGCUAUCUUUUACACAUCAAAUGUGUCUUAUGUAUUGUGUAGAGGCAUACUAAAAAAUCCAACAGAAAUGAAGCUGGUAGCACAUAUUAUUAACGAAGAGACGCCAUGUACACAGAGAAUGUAUAAACAAAAGGAGCUAUUUAGUGGAGUUUUUUAAAAUAUAGUGAAAAUUUAUUCAUUUCAUCUGAUGAAGCAGUGCUUUUAAAGAAUAACAUUGUACAUACAUUUAGGAGUUACAUUUGAGUUUUUUAAUUGAUUCUUAGACUAGCAACAAUGAGCUGUGCGUCCAGUUAGUUGAAAUAGAUUAUUAACUUAAUGCUACAGCAAACAUUUUACAAAAAUUAAGUUCUUCACCAAACUUCUUCCUUCUUCAUACAAUAUUACAUGUAUGUUCAACAAAAUUUUCUAUUAAAAGAGAAUCAAUCUCAUUCCUUUUGCCAAAGUUUGGAUGUGUUUCUAUUAAUUUAUGUGAGAAAGAUUAUUUAUAGAUCACUGAGCACUAUUCUGUUCCCUGGAGUGUGUUGGCUUAACCUAUUAACCUUUUCUAAGAUCUGAUUGUUAAUUCUCUCCUCUAGCUGCUACACAUUCCCUUGUAAGUUAGUUGCAAGAAUUUAGGGUUAGAUCAAGAUAACAAUUUCUACCUGAUACAUUUGAGUACUCUCAUUACCUGUUUGCUGGAUAGUGGGUGGAUCUUGUGGGGAGAAGUUACAUGCGAAUCACCUUUCAGGGUUAAAUGAAUGGGGGAAGGAAGGCAG